AUGAUCCUGCGAAUUCAGCCACUUCAAAAGCAGAACAUUCACCAUCAAAGGGCUGUAAAGUACAGUUUGUCAAAGAACAUCAAUGUAGCUAGCCAUGUCUUGGACAGUGAGGAGGCAUCCGGAGAUACGGACAGCGAUGACGUUCCUGUAAGCCAAAACGUGGUUGAGAAUGAUAAGUCCAACGGCGUCUCUGCCAUUGUCAAGGAGCACCGCAAACGUCCUACUCCAGACGCAACCACCAUUUCCAAGCCAGUCAACUAUAUGAGCAAUCCGAUUUUCAAGCUUGUAGUGGACAGCGAAGUCGACGACGAAGAUGAAUAUGAGGACGAGAAGAAUGUGAAUUAUGAAUACGAGAAGGAGAGCAAUACUGCAAAAUGGAAGUCCACUCCGAUCUUCUCGAUGCCCGCUAGAGCAAAGCAGAUCUGUGUUGGUGAGGAGAACUGGCCAGAAAACUUCAACUUCGACACAGACUCCGUUACAGCAUAUGCUAUCAUGGGUGAGAAUGGAUUGCAGGAUGUCAAAUAUUUUUUGUACAAGCCCAAUUGCGACUGGAUCGAGUAUUACCCUGCUCUCGAACCUGAGUCUGCGCCCGAGCCGAAGUACAAGGGUAAAAAGCUGCGUGGCACGGGUCAGAAGUUCCUGGCCCAACACCAGUUACGCCCAGAUCCGCCGGGCAACAAGGACCACAGGCUACAUCAAUGCCCGCUGGGAUUAAACACCUAG